AUGGCACCCAGCUUGCUUAGCCUCCCCAGAGAGCUCCGUAUUGAGAUAUUCAAAUAUCUCCUAGUGCAAAGAGAGCCUGUUGAGGUCGUGAACGUGCGGAACCCUCAUCGGCUAGAGCGCAAUAUUCUCUACACGAACAAGCUGUUUCUUGUGGAGGGUAGGCCACUACUCUAUGGUCACAACCGCUUUCACUUUGGCCGGCGCAAUUCUAAUCUGCUCAUCACCAAGUUCCUUGAUGCUAUUGGUUCUAUCAACGCACCUUACCUCCGGAAUAUAUAUAUGGACUUCCCCGAAGUCCGCGAGAUUGAAGGCGAAGUCAGUCUGGUGGAUGUUGACCUUCAUGUUCUCGAGAUAAUCCAGUCAAAAUGCACCAAUCUUCAGACGCUCACCACAACUGUCGAAACCACCACUAAUAUGGAAGCUUGGCUCAAUUACUUUGGCAGCCCCAAUUGCUUUGGCAGGCCUAUACUCGACAAGACCCUUGAUUUGAUUGCUGCUCAUUUCAGGGCUAUUCCAUCUCUUCCAAAGAUCAUUCUCGAGGUCUACGAGGGACGUCCCACUCCCAGAGAGCCCAGCCUGGACAUCAGGGAAAAAAUGGAAAGUCUUGGUUGGACACUCGAGGUGGUGCCCGGGAGCUACUGUGUUGCGUCCUAUUACGACAGAAUGCCUAUGAGAGAUCUUGGGCCUGGAAUGAUAUUCUACAGGUGGUGGUAG